UUAACGAGAUAAUUUCUGUUUCUGCCAUUAAUCCAUCAAUCCUCCGACGUGUAAACCUCCCAAUUUAGACUUGUUUUCACAAAACGUUUUUCAUCAACUCACAUACCCAUCCUUUUACAGCUCAUACUUGGCAGUUUUGUUUUCAAAAAACACUUUCAAAAAACUCAUAUAGAUAGACUCACUAAAUUCACAACAAUCACAAACUUCAUUCAUUCAAUCCAAAUCCCCUCAAUUCGUCAUACAUUACUCAAAUUUGACAAUACUUGGCAGUUUUGUUUUCAAAAAACACUUUUAAUUCAAAAUCUCUAAUUGUUAUAAAAUUUUUCUCAUUUCAAUCGGUUGAAAUUUGAGAUACUGAGAUACUAUACAAUCAAUCAUGUUAUCGGUGUCGCCGCAGCCUCUGAGUUUGUUAGAGGAAAUGCUGGAUACGCUCCGGCGGAGGGACAAGGAAGACCGGCAGGAGGACUCGCCGCCGGCGUUGCCGGUGAGGCCGAUUUCUAGGGCUCGGCUUCCCUCCGCCAGAAUAAUCUUGCCGGCGAACAUUGAUGUGAUCGCCGGCGGGGAAUCUCCGGCGAACUUGUCUAAACAAUCUAGUAAAAAGAAAGAGGUUAAAAAAGCUAGGGAUUGUAGUUUUGGGAGUAAAAAGUACAGAGAGCUUCCCGAUCAAUCGCCGUAUGUUACGGUGGCGGAAGAGAAGGAAGGUGAAGUGAGGUUAGAGGAAACAAACCGUGCAAAUUUGGCGACUGAGCAUUUGCCAUCGAUGCCGAGGUUUCGGGAGUCUGAGUGGGAUGACAACAUUGGUUAUUUUAUUAAGAAGAAACUUCGUGUUUGGUGUCGGGUCCCAAAGGGGCAGUGGCAGUUGGGACAUAUACAAUCAACUUUAGGGGCAAAAGCAACUGUUUUGCUGUUAGAUGGAACUGUUGUGAAAGUGUCGACAGGAGAGCUCCAUCCUGCAAAUCCAGACAUCCUUGAGGGCGUGGAUGAUCUCAUACAGCUCAGUUAUUUGAAUGAGCCAUCAGUUCUUCACAACCUUCAGUACAGAUAUUCUCAUGAUAGUAUUUAUAGUAAAGCAGGACCGGUUUUAAUAGCAGUCAAUCCCUUCAAAGCUGUCCAAUGUUAUGGAAAGGAUUUUGUCACGGCUUAUAGGAAGAAGCUUCUUAACAAGCCUCAUGUUUUUGCUAUAGCAGAUACUGCCUAUAAUGAGAUGAUGAGAGAUGAAAAAAACCAAUCCAUCAUCAUAAGUGGGGAAAGUGGAGCUGGGAAAACGGAAACAGCAAAAGUUGCAAUGCAAUACCUGGCUGCUCUUGGUGGUGGCAGUGGUGGGGUAGAAAGUGAAAUCCUCCAGACAAGCUCUGUACUGGAAGCAUUUGGGAAUGCAAAAACUUCCAGGAAUGACAACUCUAGCCGAUUUGGAAAGUUGAUUGAGAUUCAUUUUAGUUCAACAGGGAAAAUAUGUGGUGCUCAAAUCCAGACCUUUCUGCUCGAAAAGUCAAGAGUGGUUCAGCUCACCCAUGAAGAAAGGUCGUACCAUAUCUUCUACCAACUUUGUGCUGGUGCUCCAUCAAGCCUCAAAGAUAGACUGAACCUAAAAACGGCAAGUGUGUAUAAUUAUCUAAAUCAGAGUGACUGCUUGGUCAUCGAUGAUGUUGAUGAUGCUCGGAAUUUUCAAAUGCUUAUGGAAGCCUUUGAUACUGUUCAAAUUAGCAAAGAAGAUCAAGAAAAUGCCUUUGAAAUGCUUGCUGCAGUGUUAUGGCUGGGAAACAUAUCAUUUCAAGUAAUUGACAAUGAAAAUCAUGUGGAAGUAGUGGCUGAUGAAGCUGUUACCAGUGCUGCUAGAUUGAUGGGUUGCAGCACUGAGGACCUGAUGUUAGCUUUAUCUACCCAUAGAAUCAAAGCUGGGAAGGAUAUUUUCUCCAAAAAGUUAACGUUGCAGAAGGCAAUUGAGACAAGAGAUGCUUUGGCGAAAUUCAUCUAUGCAAGCUUGUUUGACUGGCUAGUUGAAGGAAUUAAUAAGUUGCUUGCAUUGGGAAAACGGUGUACUGGGAGAUCCAUAAGUAUCCUGGAUAUCUAUGGUUUCGAGUCAUUUAAGAAGAAUAGCUUCGAACAGUUUUGUAUAAACUAUGCGAAUGAGAGACUGCAACAGCAUUUCAAUCGGCAUCUGUUUAAACUGGAGCAGGAGGAAUAUGAAUCGGAUGGUAUUGAUUGGACCAAAGUAGAUUUUGAAGACAACCAAGUCUGUUUGGAUCUCGUUGAGAAGAAACCUAUAGGGCUAAUAUCUUUGUUGGAUGAGGAAUCAAAUUUCCCCAAGGCCACUGAUUUGACCUUUGCUAAUAAGCUUAAGCAACACUUGAAUGGCAAUCCUUGCUUUAAAGGAGAAAGAGGUGGAGCUUUCAGUAUUCGCCAUUAUGCUGGAGAGGUUCUGUAUGGCACAAGUGGCUUCUUGGAAAAGAACAGAGAUUCACUGCACUCUGAUACCCUUCAACUCCUUUCAUCAUGCAGUUGCCGGCUACCUCAGUUGUUUGCCUCCAAUAUGCUUAACCAAUUUUUGAAACCAGCCAGCCCUUUCCACCAUAUGGGUGUUUCUGAUUCCCAGAAGCAAAGCGUUGGCACAAAAUUCAAGGGUCAAUUAUUUAAAUUGAUGCAGCAGUUGGAGAGCUCCACACCACACUUCAUACGUUGCAUUAAACCAAAUAAUAAGCAGCUUCCUGGCAUGUUUGAAAAUGAUCUUGUCUUAGAGCAACUCAGGUGUUGCGGAGUUCUGGAGGUUGUCCGGAUCUCAAGAUCUGGCUAUCCUACUCGAGUGACACAUCAAGAAUUUGCCAGAAGAUAUGGUUUCCUACUUUCAGAGGAUCACCGUGCCUGUCAGGAUCCAUUAAGCAUAUCAGUGGCCGUACUGCAGCAAUUUGACAUCCUCCCUGAUAUGUACCAAGUUGGUUAUACAAAAUUGUACUUUAGAACAGGACAGAUUGCUGCAUUAGAGGAUACAAGAAAACAAGUUCUCCAUGGCACACUCGAGGUGCAGAAAAGAUUUCGUGGUCAACGUGUUCGUCAUCAAUUCCAUGAACUCAAGAAAGGAGUGACAGCACUGCAAUCAUUUAUCCGUGGUGAAAAUUAUAGAAGGGAGUAUGGUUUGUUGAAAAACAUGAGAGAUCAGGCUGCUCUCAAGACACUUGAAAAACAGAGGAGGGCGAUCAUCCAUUUACAAUCUGUAAUUCGUGGGUGGUCAGCCCAAAGGCAUUUUAUUCACCUGCAGAGAUUGAAAAAGUCAAAUGCUGACAAGGCAAAACGAAGGCAAAGGAGCAAGAUUUCAGAAGUUAAGCAGGAGGUGUUGCAAGAGGAUGGUAUUGUUCUGCCUGCAGUUCUAGAAGAGCUUCAACGGCGCAUGUCGAAGGCAGAAGCUACUCUAGAGCAAAAGGAGCAGGAAAAUGAUGCAUUACUGGAGCAGCUAGAUCAAUUUGAGGCAAAAUGGUCAGAGCAUGAGGCAAAGAUGAAAUCGAUGGAGGAGAUGUGGAAGAAUCAGAUUGAAUCUUUGCAAGCAAAUCUGGAUGCAGCAAAGAAGAGUUUCUCUGCUGCCAUCACGGCAGGUCAACUCGGGAGGCUAGAUGGUUCCCCUUCACCCCGCAAUUACGAUUCCGAGGAUGCCAUGUACAUGGGAGCACAAACUCCCGGUGGAGACACCCCCAUCAAGUCUUCUAAAAAUGUUGAAGUACCAGAGACUAAUGAUGCUUUGAAGGUUGUCGCUCAUCUGACAAAGGAGUUUGAGCAGAAGAAGCAGGAUUUCAAUGAUGAGGCCAAAGCCGUUGUCAAAUUAGGGUCUCCUCACGAUGAGCUUCGGAAGCUGAGACUCAAGUUCGAGACGUGGAAGAAUGAGUACAAGUCUCAGUUAAGAGAGGCAAAAGCAAAAAUAACCAAACUUGGGUAUUCUGAAGGGGGAAAAGGUUGGUGGGGAUUCAAAAGCUUGAGAUUUAUGUAGAAUUAGCUUUAGAUUAUACACAUCAUCUUAUUGUGGGUGUGGACAUAGACAACAAGAGUAGUGUAGUACCCUCGAAAAAUAAAUGUUGUUGAAACCCUACCUUCCAGAACAUUCUUGUGUUUUUAUGUCAUGCCAAUCUCUAUUACAUGGUGGAAGGAUUUACAAGCUUGUGUAUAGCCAAAAGGGUUCAAGAUUCACCUCAUUGUAGAGUCUGUGAAU